AUGUUCGAAUAUCUAAAGAGCGUUCAUUUACUUCAAGCUUUUUCUCAUCUCAAUACUCGCUUUAAUGAUCUUCUCAUUAUACAUUUUCGAACUCAUGGUCUUGAUUUUCGAUCAAUAUCUAAACACAAUUUUGAUGCUGUCUGCCAACAAAAUCUUUCUUUGAUUGCUGAUCAUAUUACUGGUCUACGUCUUUCGGACGACGAUGAUACACCACAGCAAAUUAAUCUAUUUCUAUCUGAUUCUUUAACUCUUCGUCAAUUUAUUCAAUUAAAAUCACUAUCACUCUACCAUAUUUCUUCAUAUGAAAUCAUCAAAAAAGUCGUCGUACAAUUUUCUCAUCUUGCUCUUCUCGCUCAUUUCAAUUUGAUCAAUUGUCAUUUAAAAUUUCACAGAAAAACACUACGCGAUAUUUUGAAUCAUAUUUGGCAUUUACCCAAACUCAUACACUGUCAUCUCGACUUGCAUUUUCAACACAAAUCUGAUUUUUGUAUUCCAACGAUUCGAUCGAAAUCGAUUGAAGAUUUAUGUAUUGAAGAUGUUUCGUUGGAUUCAGUUCAAUUAAUUCGAUUAUUUCGAUGCACACCAAAUCUUCGACAUUUAAAUGCUCAAAUCAAUAAACUAUCGAACGAUACGCAACUUCCAUCUAUUAUCGAAUCAAUAUCGUCAGUAAAAUUUGUCGUCGAUCAUCUAACUCAUGGAACGAUUAAUCUACUAAAGAAUAUGCCUAAUUUAACUGAUUUAACUCUUGAAACUGGAAAGCAUCAUAUGAACGGUCAUAAAUGGAAAGAAUUUAUUGUUGAUUAUUUACCGAAAUUGAAAAAAUUUCGAUUUCUUAUGUUAUUUUUUGUUAAUAAUGAAGAAGAAUUGAACGAAAUUCUCGAUUCUUAUCGAACUCCAUUUUGGCUUAUUGAUCAUCAAUGGUUUGUUCGAUGUCAUUGGGAAUUAAAAAAUAACAAGAUUCUAGUUUAUUUUUAUACUUUACCAUAUUCUUUCUCUUCUUACACUUACUUUUUAAAAAAUUCCAAUAUUUGCACAAAAUCAACAUGUCCUCAUGAAGAUGACUAUUGCUCUUAUAAUCAUGUAACCACAUUAAUGCAGCCUUGUUCGAUACCAAAUGAUUUGUUUGUAUCUCGUAUUCGUUUUCACAACAUUCGUCAUCUUGAAGUGAGUUUUCCUCUCGCUGAUCAAUUUUUGUCCGUUAUUCCACAACUCGAUCAAUUGACUUCUCUCGAAAUAGCAAGUGAUUCCGGAAUUGUUGCCAAUAUUGCUCUAUCUCAAUUGCAAAAUCUUAUUAAUCGUGCACCUCGUCUUUACUUGUUGACUAUUGGUCACUGGGAUUCAUCGAUUAUUCAACACUUACCAUUGAAUCUUACCAGUAGUUCGAUUCGGCGACUUGAUUUGCAAAGUUAUCAUUAUCUAAAACGUGAUCGUUGUUUCAACCGUGAACAAUGUACAACAUUUCUUCGUUCACCACUGGCAAAACAGUUAGAAGUUCUACAAAUUGUCGUCGAUAAUCGAUCGAGUAUAGAUGAUUUAAUUAAUGGAAUGACUAAUCUUCGAGCGUUAAAGGUGGUACUUCAACAUGGUCGAUGGGAUAAUCAUUUUCCUAGGGAAGAAGAAUUUAUUACAUGGAUGACAUCUAAUUAUUCACGUACAUUCACAGAGAACUUAACUGGUACCGAAAUUAUCCGUUUGUGGGUUCGGUAA